AUGGCGAACAACGAGACGUUGUACCAGUCGAUCGAACCCGAAGUGAAAGAAAUCUCGCUUCUCGCGAAAGGAUCCUCUUCUCCUCUCGGCGUUUUUUUUGGAGCAGCGAGUGUAAACGCGCAACCGGAAAUACGCGAGUGCGGGGAAACCGUGUUUUCUCAAAUCCGCGCGGUGGCGAGACACACGAGCGAACGGGAAUGGUUCGAAAAGAAUGAGGACGCGUUACAUUUAUUCCUCAUGGCGAUUACGAACGAGGAGUCCUCGGAGAUGUGCGCGCGCGGUUUAUCCGGCGUAACGAAACUGGCAAGAGCGGAGUGCGUGCAUAAGAAUCGAUUGGCGGAGUGCUUGCAAAAAGCGUCGCAAGUGCCGGAGACGUUUUUGGUGGAACAUACCAAUACCACCGCGUUUACGUGGGUGGAACAGUUGGAGUGCUUGGCGGCGGUGAUGGAGAGCGGGAAGAACGUGCCGAGAGUGAGCGAGGCGAGCGUUUCGAUCGCGCUGGGCGCGUGCGCGAGGGGGAUGUAUUUGGCGAAGAAGAGCGCGACGGCGAAAGAGAGCGGAAUGGUGGUCAGUCAGGCGAUUUCGAGCGCGAGGAGAAUAUUAGAGGUUGUUUUCGUUGAGGCGAAAGAGAAGGAGAAUAAAGAAGCCGUGCGGGUCGCCGAGAAAGCGUUUGAGGAUUUAGUGACCAUGAGUCGAAGCGAAGAGGACGGUUGUUUAUCGGGUGCCAUCGAUUGCGAGUAUAAACGCGUGCAAGAGUCCACGGUGGCGACUAUUGCGAGCUUAGAGUUGUGCAACGCGUUGGUAGAGUCUCAUUUCGAUCUCUUCCAAAAGAACCAAACGUUGAUGAAAACGUUGAAAGAACGCUUCUGCCCAAUCGUCGAGGCGACGUUGGAGAAGAAAUUUUUCUGCGCGGCGGAGACGACAGAUUUCGCUCAAAGACGCGUCGUUUUGCGAACUUUAGAGAUUAUUGUGAAAAUAGGUCGAGGCGACGGAUUCGAGGCGUUCAUAAAGACAUCUUUAGCUCGAUUAAUGUCUUCUUUAGAAAGCGAAAUGCCGGCUUGGUUGCGAGCGUCCUCGUUGGAAGUCUUGAGAUUUUUCUGCUCCGAUGACGAUAUCUGCUCGUUCUUACACGACGCGUACUGCGACCCGACAAAAAUGGACGACGCAAACGCCGAGACUCCGUUAGCGAGCAUUUGCUUGAUUCAAGCGAGAACAGUACAAUCUGGUUUAUCCGCGAGUAAUUCGGAGCCGACGAUGAGUUCUUCGUCGAAACCCCAUGGCGCGGUGUACGACGCCGUUCAGAAAGAAUUCGAGAAGAAGAUGCAAAAGUUAUCCAUCUCGACCAAAAAGAAGACGAAAAAGGACGCAGAAGAUAAUCUUGAUGACGGAGGAGAAGAUCACGACGAAAUCGCAGACCUCGAAAACACGGAAGCUUACAUUACCAGAGCAGUAACGAUCGCCAUCGAAGGUUUGUUAAACGCAGCGCAAACGAUCGAACGCGUCAUGUACUCGAACGAAUCGCCGAAACAGUUUCAAACCGCCAAGAAAAUGCUAGACGCGGUUUGGGAAACCUUAGCCUCUACGUUUUCGUUAACUCUCGACUUAGCCGAAAACGACGACACGUGCUUAUACAUAUUGGAAGCAUAUCAAAACGCCGGCCGAGCGUCGGUGAAAUGCAAACACAAACUCGCGAGAGAGGCGUUUUUAGGCACGUUGUGUCACUUUGCUUUGCAAAUGCCCAAAAAGCAAUUCGACGAUAACGGAAAUAUCGUUCCAAAGCUGUCCGUAAAGAAUGCGUUGAGUUUAAGAGCUAUAUUCAACAUCGUAGACGCGUCUAACGGGCACUUGGAAGACUCUUGGUUUAUGGUAUUAGAAACCAUCGCGUCUCUCGAACGCACGUUAGGGGUUGCGGAGAAGACUAUGAAAUCGAGAGUGCGAGAGUACGUCCCAGAUGGAUUGAAACCAUCUAACUGGACAAACACUGAAUACGAAUACAAAGAAGAAUUCUACGUCUUUUCGGAAGCCGCGCAAGAUAUGUUCAACGCCAUGAAUGCGUACGACGACGACGAUUUGAUGCACGUGGUGGAUGCCUUGAUCAAGGCAAACAUUCGGGAAUUGCGAGAGGCUCGGGCCUUGGCGGAGAAACAAGCUUUAUCUUCUGCGAAGAAGAAAGCUUUAGCAGAACAGAAUAACGCGAGAAGUAACGGAGUAAAGAAACCAAUGACAUCCAUUCGCUUGCGCAGCUUGGAGCGUUUACGCGCGGUGAUGGAAGUCAACGCGUCGAGAAGGUUUGCCUUGUUUUGGGACGUGUGCGCGAAACAUUUUCUUAAAACCAUAUUGGAGGAAACAGGGAAUCCUCGCGAGCAAGCGCACGAAAUUUACGAAAAAAUUGCCAUCAACGUUCUCGAAACCGAUUUAGAUCUCGACGAGAAGAAUGUGGCAUAUGCCAAAUCGGUCGGAUUUGAAACCGUCGAGUGUUGUGUGGCGACGUUCGUUAGGACGAUGUACGACGAAGCCGUGGAUUAUCGAGGGAAGCAAUUGUCAUUGUCGCUCGCAAACGCGCUCGCGAGUAAGCGCGCGAACAGACUGAAAACUUCCUGGCCUAUUAUUUUAAGCACGCUCGCGAAAUUAGCCGAGAACGAAGGUGACGCCGAUUUAACGAUUGAAUCCUUCGUCACGGUGAAAGUGAUCGAAAAAGAGUGCUUGCCGCACAUCGACAGAGCAUAUUACGGAGAGGUGUCGGAAUGCUUCUCGAGCUACGCGCACCAAAGGAACGAAAUCAACGUCGCACUGUCUGCGGUGCAGUCUUUGUCGACCGUCGCUGAUUAUUUCAGUGAUGUCUGCCACCGCCCAGAAGGUGCGACAGAUGUGCAGUCGUGGGCGUCUAAAAAAAUGACCCCCACGAGAAAUGGCGUCAAAUUGAACUUAGUCACAAAAAAUGGUCUCGCGGACUUUUCAAUCUCACCCGUCAUUUCCCAUUUAUGCGAACGAUUCGACGAUAGUCGAGUAGAAGUGAGAGAUUUAGCCGUGCAAACUUUCGCGACGUUGUUCGUUUCAAGAGCUUCGUUGUUGAGUAAGAACGAAUUGAAAGAGUGCGCGCAAAAGGUUGUGUACCCGACCCUCGACAAAUGCCGGAAGAUUGCAAAAGCGGCGUCUAUAGAGGACCCGGACGGACUGAAAAUCGAAUGGGAUUUCUCUUUAGUGAACAUGCACGCCUCUUUGUUCGGAAACGUGUUGCGAAACACGUUACCGUUGCUCGUUACCGUGGAAAACUUUGACAAAAACUUUGACGAGAUGUGUUCGUUCUUUGUCGAUUCGGUCCUGUCCGAUUGCGAAGAACUCGGAAGUGCGGCUUUGGAUAAUUUUUUGUCAGUUUUGUUAGAGCAAGACGAAUCGACUACGAAAGGUAUGCCGAGACCGCUGUGGAAGAAAGCGAUGAAAGCGCUGCACGUGGCGACGGAGAAAGCCACGUUGCCGCCAUCGGUAUCUCCGCAAAACACGCGCGUCGGAAUCGCCACUUUCUUCGGUUCUUUGUACGAUGGUAAGUCGGAUUCGUUCGACGACGCCGAUUGUCGAAGCGCUAUUCUUGCGUUACAACAGUUGAUUAAUUCUCCGUGCGUUGCCGAGGACGCGCAGCCAGUCGACGGUGCUCAAUGGGACGCGCAGAAACGCGCGCUCAAAUCCAUGCGGUACAUGUGCGCCAAAUCGAAAGAAGGUAAAACUCGAACGUUAGUGUGCGUGGAAACGUUCAACGCUUUAUUGAAAACUUCCAUGGGCUAUGGUGAGCGCCAGUCGACGCAAAAACCCGCGGAUUUGGCAUUUGCCAAAGCUGGAAUGGAAGCUUUCUAUGAAAUGUACGAUACGGUUGCGAACGACGAAACGAGAGCGGAGACGUACGGCUUCGCGAUGACAGCAAUCGCAAAGCUCGCGCGACGAUGGAACGCGACGCUAACGCAAAGGGCCAACGUAGAAGACGAAGAAUACGAUGAUGCGGAAUAUAUCGAGCAAUUGAAAAACUGGAACGCGGUGUUGAUGCAAAAAACUGCGUUGCAAGCGCUCGUGGUGGUUUCGAGAAGAGGCGUCGCGUCGUUGAAUUCACCGGCGGUUUCCUCGAACAACGGCAUAUCCGCGAAAGCGGCGGCAAAAUCAGAUUGGUCGGCAACCGCGGAUGCGUUUGAGACUGUUUUGGGACAAAAUGUUGAAAUUAUGAGCUCUAACGACGAUAACGACGACGACAAAGAAGCGAUGUUGGAUGAAGAAGACGAUGGAGAAGAAGGACAACAGAACGAGGACGACGAGAGUGUCUCUCGCAGGGCUAAAAAAGCGAAAACGUUCUCGGACCUCACGAUUGCGUCUGUCAUGUCGCUCGGUGAAGUUGUUCUCAGAUACUCUGUCAUUGCUGAAGACGAAUGCGUUCUUCGCUUCUUGCGUUCGUUGGCGCGCGGAUGCGCGGCGCCUCGCAUCGACGUCGCUUUAGAAAGUUAUGCGCAAUUGUGCGAUGUGACGCGUUUCGCUUCAUACAAAGAUGAGAAAAAGAGGAGCGAAGCUGCGUUUACGCAUCGCGCUCGAGUGGCAAACUUUGCCUUUCCGAGACUUGUCGCGUGCACGAAAAACUUCCUCGACGAACACGCCAACGCGCCUUUGGAUACGUGGACGUACGAUACCACUCGCGACGCUUUGGAAAUGUGCUCGACGUUAGCCGUGUCUAAAGACGUCGCUCAUUCGCAAAAUGAAGUGUUGAACGGCAUGCUCGAAAAGGCGAGAGAGAGUAAGAGCGGCGGCGAGGGUAAAGACGAAGAGCUCGUCUUGGGUGUUUUCGCCUACGAGGCUUUGUCCAAAGCGGCGGCGGCUUCCGCGGUGGAGGAUAUUAAAAAACUAGCUAUGUUUGCGUUACUUGGCGCUGGGAAAUACUUGGGUCUUUUGUCAUAA